UGGGAGGAGGUCAAUGCACUGGAAGAAAGGACAGCAGAUCCACGCAACCAGAACAAAGGUGCCUGGGAGUGUUCCUGGGCCCAAGCUCUUCUCACAGAGGGAGGGACGGAACAGACAGCAGACACCAUGGAGUCCCGCUCAGUCCCUGCUCACAGAGGGUGUGUCCCCUGGCAGGGGCUCCUGCUGGCUGCCUCACUCUUAACCUUCUGGAGCCUGCCCACCACUGCCCAGCUCACUAUUGAAUCAGUGCCGCCCAAUGGUGCCGAAGGGAAGGAUGUGCUUCUCCGUGUCCACAACCUGCCAGGGUUUCUUGGAGGUUAUGUCUGGUUCAAAGGGGAAAGUGUGGACAGCAACCAUCAAAUUGCAUCAUAUAUAAUAGAUACUCAAGAAAUACACCCAGGACUUGCAUACAGCGGUCGAGAGACAAUAUACCCCAACGGGUCCCUGCUGUUCCAGAACGUCACCCUGCAGGAUACAGGGUACUACACUCUACUAGCCAUAAGGAAAACUUUUCAAGGUGAAAUAGUAACCGGACAGCUCCGUGUAUACCAGCCCGUGGGGAAGCCCUCCAUCCGAGCCAGCAAUGCCACAGUCACAGAGCAUAAGGACGCCGUGGUCCUGACCUGCUUCACCAAUGACAAGGGGAUCUCCAUCCGGUGGCUCUUCGAGAACCAGAGUCUCCUGCUCACGGACAGGAUGAAGCUGUCCCAGGACAACAGUGUCCUCACCAUAGACCCUGUCAGGAGGGAGGAUGCUGGGGGUUAUCAGUGUGAGGUCUUCAACCCCAUCAGUUCUAGCAAAAGUGAGCCCCUCAGGCUGGAUGUGUAUUAUGGGUAACCCUCCUCCCCUCCUCUAUGCUAUUAAGUUCUGAAUAAUUUUUUUCUUUUUUAAAAAUAUUUUUUUAUUGAUUCCAGAGAGGAAGGGAGAGGGAUAGAGAGAUAGAAACAUCAACGAUGAGAGAGAAUCACUGAUCGGCUGCCUCCUGCACACCCCACACUGGGGAUUGAGCCCCCAACCUGGGCAUGUGUCCUGACUGGGAAUUGAACUGUGAUCUCCUGGUUCAUAGGUUGGUGCUCAACUACUGAUAAAUUUUUUCUUAUCUGAAAAUUACGGCCAUGAUGCACUUUCUAAAUAGGUUCCUUGUGAAUAGUCAAUGACAAAGGUGGAAAGUCCUUAGAAGACUUGCGUUGAGUCAAUAAAUGCUUAAAACUGUGAA